CCGUCGCUGCCCCAGCCGGAGGCCGCGCAGGGUGCCGCCAAGGAGGCGGCCGGCACCGAGCAGCUGGACCCCUCCACCAUGACUCCCCAGGAACAGCAGCAAUACUGGUACCAGCAGCACCUGCUUAGCCUGCAGCAAAGGGCAAAAGCCCAUGCUCAGGGACAGCAGCAAAUUAAAGGUCCAGUAGUGAAGGAUGCAUCUGAGCAGAGAGCAAAGUCUGAAGAAGGGAAAAUGAGUGCUUCAACUCAGCAGUCUGAACCCCCUCCACUUAAUGAAUCCCUACCUCCAGCUUCCAAAGAAGACGAGUCUUCUCUUACACCCACUGAAACUCAGCUCAAUAUUGAACCUCCCGAUGACCCUGAGGAAGAUUUGAGAUUGCAGCAAUUGCAAGCAGCAGCAGCUCAAUGGCAGCAGCAUCCCCAGCACCGGGUUGGAUUUCAAUAUCAGAGAAUAAUGCAGAAGCAUGCCCAACUGCAGCAGAUAGUACAGCAGUAUCAACAGAUCAUGCAACAGCCUCCACACUUACAGACAAUGUCAGUGGACAUGCAGCUGCGACAUUAUGAGGCACAGCAAAAACAGUUCCAGCAGCUUCAUAAAGAUUGGGAACGAUCAAUGAACCAACAGUGGCAGCAUCAGCUUCAAACCUACCCUCACAAAGACCAGCUUCAAGAGUAUGAGAAACAGUGGAAAGCAUGGGAUGAACAGAUGAAGGUCACUCAGUCCCAUUUGCAAGAGAAAGUGAGCUCACUCCAAAAUCUAAAGAAUCAGUAUCCUGCAAAUGUUUCGCUGCCACCUCCAUUUGUUCCAUAUUCUCAAACCACUCAAGGUGGCAUUCCUAUUAUGCCUCCAACUUUACCUUCAACUACACCUCCGCUGGUCCCUCCGCCUCUCUCUUCUGUUUCUCAGUUAUCCAAUUCCUCUGUCCCUUCAGGAUCCAGUUCUCAAAGCAGUCAAUCUACUGAGACACCAAGGCCAGCUCUGCUUCCCACCCCUGGUACCUAUGCAUCAAAAAUAGCUAGUUCAACUGUCUAUUCACCUUAUCAUUCUCAAGUAAGUUCAUCCUUUGGCUCUUCAGACCACGGAAAGUCUCAAGUUCAUCUUAGUAAACAAACUGUCUCUAUUUCAUCUGAGCAAGGAUGUGGGGAACUGAAAGCCACUUCUGCAGCAUCUUCAACACACGUAUCUACCAUGCAGGAUAAACCAGUGAGGUCGGGUGGAUUGCUUCCAGAUCCUCCCAGAUCAGCACGUUUUGAAGGCCCCAGAGGCCCCAGAUUUGAUGGACCUCGAGGAAGAGGAUAUGACAAAUUUGAAGGCUCAAGGCAGCGAGGGCCUCGUUUUGACUCCCAGCGCUCAGAAGGAUACAGGUCGCGUUUUGACCGACAGAAUACAGAUGGACAGUCUUCAAGUAGAUGGGGGACUAUCCCACGAGGACCAGCAGCACAAUUUUAUACUUCGACAAAUGCAUCACAUGGACAUGGUUCCCGACCUAGUGGUCCACGGUGGAGGGGGCCCAGGCCUCAUUUGGGACAGCAGCAGCAGCAGCAGCAGUCACAGACAGACUUACAGUCAGAAAACAAAGAACCUUUUACAGAUGUAGCUGGCAAUCAGCAGGCUGUGAGCAGAACACAGUCUACUCCCGAUGCACAGAGUGCAGGUUCCAUUGAGCCAAAUGAGGACCUGACAAACACUCAACAGGAACAAUCCAAACCUGAAGUCAAAGAAACUAUUUCAGACCCUCCUAAAAAGUGGACAUGGAGUUCACAUGAUCCUAAUGAGCAAGUGGAAGAGUCCAAAGCACCUACUCCGCCUAUUCAGAACCAGAAAUCAACACCCCUUUCUAGUAACACUGUAGCUUUGCAGUCAGGUGUUGCAAGAACAGGUGGUGCGGUAACCCCUGUAACAGGAAAUCAGGAUUUGGAUUCGCCAGACGGCCAGUUGAUUGCUUCAGAUAGCACCCAGGGCCUACCUGGACCAGAAAGCAGAGGGAAAGGACCAUUUAUGCAUGAAGAUAGAGGCAAGGGACCAGUAAGCAGAGGAAGAGGUCAGGGCAGACUGGAUGAUGGCCGUGGCAGAGGGCAGGGAGAUGGCCGUGGCUGGGGAAUGGGCCGUGGUAGGGGGAUGGGAAGGAUGGAUGGUGGCCGAGGGAUGGGAAGGAUGGAUGGUGGCCGAGGGAUGGGAAGGAUGGAUGGUGGUUGGGGAAUGGGUAGGAUGGACGAUGGCCAUGGCCGGGGAAUGGGCAGGAUGGAUGAUGGCCGUGGUAGAGGAUAUGUAUACAGAGGCAGAGGGCAGGCUAGGCAGGCAUCCAUCCGUGGCAGGGGGAUGUUCAGGAGAGCAGGCAGCAGGGAGAGGAUGCCAGACAGGCGGUCGGGCAGCAGGGAGAGGAUGCCAGAUGGGAGGUCUGGCAGCCGAGAGCGGGGACUGGGUGGACGGUCAGAUAGCCAUGAGAGGGUAUUCUCUAGCCGAGACAGAGAGCUAGCUGGGCGGACUGGCAGCCGGGACAGGGGACGGGCAGGUAGCCGGGAAAGAGGCCCGGUCAGGCAGGCAGGUAGUCGGGAGAGGGAGCCCAUGCGGCGAGCAGGUAGCAGGGAGAGGGAACCCAUGCGGCGCGCGGGUAGCCGGGAGAGGGGUCCCAUCAGGAGGGCAGGUAGCCGGGAAAGGGAAGCAGGAAGAUCUGAAACAGGCAGUGUAGACAAACCCAUUCACCUAGGAGAUGACCCUGAAAAAUUGCCUCCAUACCAUCGAGAUGAGACACUCAGGGGUUCUUGGGGUCAUGAAGAUGACAGAAUGCAGGAAGAAUUUCCUUUAGAUAGUCAAGAUGAUCCUUCUUUGGAGCAUGAGCGAUUGGAUGACUGGGAGAGAGAGCGAUACUGGAGAGAUCACAACUCUGAUUAUCAGGAUGAUGCUGUAGAUGCGUAUGACAGAGAUGACAGGUUGCAAUCUCAUCAUUCAUUGCCUCCGUUAUCUCCCUUACCACCACUACCUCCUUUAUCAUCUGAUCAUGACAGACGAGAUUCAUGGUGGGAUGACUGGAAAAGGCCAAGAGAGAGGGAACUAGAGAGAGAUCUAGAUAGGACUGGAAGAUCCUCAGAUAUUUAUGAUCAAGAUUUGGACAGAGAAUGGGAUAGAGAUUGGGACAUGAGACCUAUGGAUGACAGAGAAAUGGGGAAUCGUGACCUGGAUAUCCCCCCUCUACCACCAUUACCGCCUCUUCCACCUCUGGACAGAUACCGUGAAGAUAGGUGGAGGGAGGAUAGGAACAGAGAUCAUUAUGACAGAGACCUCCGAGACAGGGGGGAGCUGAGGAUUCGAGAGUAUCCAGAGAGAUAUGACUCAUGGCGGGAGAAGCAAGACUACCUUCCUGAAAGAACUGAUUGGGAGAGGGAACGGUUGUCAGAUAGGUGGUAUCCAGAUGAUGGAGACAGACUGCGAUCUUUGGAUGAUCACUCGGAUUCUUCCCUUCCUCCACCUUCACAUUCCUCUGAUAUGCUGGGAGCAGAUUCAAACCUCGACUCUGACCAGUCCUUGGGAGGAGUGAUGGUCCUUAGCCAAAGACAGCAUGAGAUAAUUCUGAAGGCUGCCCAGGAGCUCAAAAUGCUUCGAGAGCAAAAAGAACAGCUACAGAAGUUGAAAGAAUUUAAACCUGACAUUUCUACACAGGAUUCUCCAAGAUCACAGAACACGAGCACAAGGCCAGGUGCCUUUCAGGUAAAUUCAUCUUAUCAGCCCCCUCCCGUGUUGUUCAGACAGCCCACCCCUGUGACAAGACCAAGUGCCCCACUGACAAGGCCUGCUACACCUAUGACAAGGCCACAUGCUCCAGUUUCUACUCCAACUACAACCCCAAGUCAUGGUCAAUCUUUAAAACCAUCACCUUCUACUGUGGAACAGGAACGCUGGGAUGAGGAUUCUUUCCACGGACUCUGGGACACAAAUGAGGAUAAAGGAGCAAAUAUGGAGUACGAGUUGUGUAAACAGGAGUCAAUGAUGCCUCCACCAGUCUCCUCGCCUGUGAAAGUACCUGCCGUUCACACCUCUGUUCCAUCAGCUGUACCAGUGUCCCUUCCUCCAGUUAUUCCACCAGUUCCUAAAGCACCUGUAAUUCAGCAAACUGUGGAUUAUGGCCACGGGCGAGAUAUAACCACCAGUAAAGUGGAACAGAUUCCAUAUGGGGAGAGGGUAACCCUGCGUCCGGAACCUCUACCAGAGAGGCAAACAUUUCAAAAAGAGCACCCAGGUCGUUACAACAGAGAAAGAGAUCGUGAGCCGUAUUUUGAGCGUCAAGGUAAUUCCAACACAGAUCAUCGGGAUUUCAAGAGAGAGCGGGAAUUGCACAGAGACCGUGGUUCUGUGGACUAUGAACGAGAGAGAUUUGAAAAAGACCGGCAUCCCCGAGAUGAUAGGACUCAGUCUUACCGUGACAAGAAAGACCAUCCCUCCUCUAGACGGGGUGGUUUUGAAAGACCACCAUAUGAACGAAAGACAGAUCGUCCAGCAUAUGAUCAUGGGCCUACCAUGUUUGGAGGUGAUCGUAGAAAUUACCCUGAGGAAAGGAUUCCUAUUUCUGCUCCAUCAAUGCCCCGUCAGCCACCACCUGCUCCACGAGUGGAAAGGAAGCCAGAAUCUAAAAAUGUAGAUGAUAUUUUGAAGCCACCAGGACGAGAUAGCAGGCCGGAGAGGAUUGUAAUCAUAAUGAGAGGGUUGCCUGGCAGUGGAAAGACACAUGUAGCAAAACUCAUCAGGGAUAAGGAAGUAGAGUGUGGAGGACCUGCACCAAGAGUGCUCAGCCUGGAUGACUAUUUUAUCACUGAAGUGGAAAAAGAAGAAAGAGACCCAGAUACAGGGAAAAAAGUGAAAAAGAAGGUGAUGGAGUAUGAAUAUGAAGCUGAUAUGGAAGAGACCUAUCGUACCAGCAUGUUUAAAACUUUCAAAAAGACCUUGGAUGAUGGCUUCUUCCCCUUCAUUAUCCUUGAUGCUAUCAAUGAUAGAGUGCGACAUUUUGAACAGUUUUGGAGUGCUGCAAAAACCAAGGGUUUUGAGGUGUAUUUAGCUGAAAUGAGUGCAGAUAACCAGACGUGUUCCAAGAGGAAUAUUCAUGGACGCAAGCUGAAGGAAAUCAGCAGGAUGUCUGAUCACUGGGAGGCAGCACCACGUCACAUGAUGCGCCUGGACAUUCGUUCUCUGUUGCAGGAUGCUGCUAUUGAAGAGGUGGAGAUGGAGGAUUUUGAUGCAAAUAUUGAAGACCAGAAAGAAGAAGUCAAGAAGGAUACAGCAGAGGAGGAAGAAAGUGAACUGGGUUACAUUCCGAAAAGCAAAUGGGAGAUGGACACUUCUGAGGCAAAGCUAGACAAGCUGGAUGGUUUGCGGACUGGCACUAAAAGGAAGCGUGACUGGGAGGCAAUUGCCAGCAGAAUGGAAGAUUAUCUACAGCUUCCAGAUGACUAUGAUACACGUGCUUCUGAACCUGGAAAGAAAAGGGUGCGGUGGGCAGAUCUAGAAGAAAAAAAAGAUGCAGACAGGAAAAGGGCCAUUGGUUUUGUUGUUGGACAAACAGAUUGGGAGAAGAUAACAGAUGAAAGUGGUCAUCUUGCUGAGAGAGCCCUCAACCGCACCAAGUAUAUAUGAAAAAGAGGUUAAAUGGAAUUUUGUGCCUUUAAGGCCAUUUCCUCUGAGGAGAAGUGAACCAAGGUGUCAUAAGCAUCUUGCAUGGGUCAUGUCACUCCCACCUUCACAGUUUUUCUUUGUUACUUUAGUUUCAGCAGUUUUCUUGAGAUAUUGGCAGGUAACCAGUGCCCUCAAAAAAACCCAACAAAUCCCACUGCUCCUAAGUGAGAGAGACAGUUUACUUUUUAAUAUUUUUUGGAGGGGAGGGAGGGGGAGGGCCAGUAGUUUUAGCUGCUGUUUGUGGGAUAAAGUGGAAGGAUUAGACAGAUGUUACCUCCACUGUACUGUCACAGAAUGUUUAUCACUUUUGCUUUGUGGCUGUUCUCGUUUUAUACUGUAUGUACCUUGUAGCUUAUUGUAUUAGGAAGCAGAACAAUAAAUUUCACUAUAAACUC